AUGCCAUCCUCCCGCCGCUCAUCGCGGGCCGGGUCGUCAGGGGGGAAGAAAGACUCGAAAGUGCCUCCUGAGAUUCUCCACCAGUUCGGCCGCGCAAUCCUUUCCUACUCCCUAAAGAAGCUUAGCGAGCAAAAGGCACCUUCCAAAUCUCGAUCCCAAAGUUCCCGGCGCAAAUCCAGCCGCAGCAAGCCCCGGGAGCCCUCCUCCGCCAGCAAACGCGGCAGCAGCCGCGAUUUGCCCCGCAGCGACAGCGGCGAUAUGCAUGCGCUCGUCAGCCAGCUCGCGGUCGGCGUCUUUGCCUUUGGCAUCCGCGCCCUCAUCCGGCGCAGGAAGGAAGCCAAGAAAAAGGCGGCUGCGGCUGCUGCCGCAGCCGGCACCCGGUCCGUUCCCGGCGAUCCGGGAGGGGCCGGGGACAAGAAAGUCGGCGCCGGCGCGGUCGACCCGGAGUUGUCCGCCGCCCUCGACAGCGUCACCCAGGAGCUGCAGGGCGUGUCCGACUCGAUCAGGCGGUUGGCCCACUCUGCACCGCCGCCGUCGCACCGCGACUGCAUGGUCCGGAACGUGCUGGUGGCGGAUGCGGACCGCUUGACGGGGUCGCUCGCAAACAUGCAGGCGAGCAUUCACAAUAUGAAGAAUCUACAUCCGGGGUUGGAACAGGGUAUGCGGAGUCGGCAGCAGAGCACGAGGAGGGAGGGCUUUAGGGAAAGGGGUGGGGUGGAUGAAGUGGACCGUCGAACGGAGAAGCGCGCGACAAGAAGCAGAGGAACACCGCGGACAGAGGAAGCAAGGUCGAGAAGCAGGAGGGUAGAUCUGACCAGGGAAGAGGAGAGUGACGAGGGGCAUCGGAGCCACAGGGGGUAUCGGACCCGCGUUCAGCCUGGAGAACGGCAUCGACACCGUCGGAGGCGAGACGACGAGGAGGUCCCCCCGGGCCGGCGGCCUGCGCCAUUGCAGCGGUGA